ACGAAAAAAUCUGAUGCAGCCUCACAUCGCCAAGGUGAAGGAGGGCGUCAAGGAAAUGAAUCCCACGGUUGUGGCGUGGAAGCCGUUUGUUGCCCUCCUUGUUUCUGUCCUCACUUUUAUCUUUAUCUGCGUCGCUAUGGGUACGCUGGAGUGGGUGAAGUUUGACGAUGGCCACGUUGGCCUGUUCAAGGGCUGCGCCAAGGGCGUUGGCUGCAAGUCCAUCUCGUACUUUGAGAAGCACUACGACUCCAAGUACAAGAAGUUCCGGCACGGCGGCGGCGCGGCGUUCACCUUUCUCUUCUUUGGCUUUCUCGCGCUGAUGGUGGCGCUGGCGGCCAAUGUGGUGGCCAUCUGGGAGAUCUUCACGAACGUCAUUUCGCUGGAGCAGGCGCGGUUGACAGCGAUGGUGGGCUACUUUGCAGUGGCGGGCAACGUGGCCUUUGCUUGGUUCCUCUAUCUGUGUGUUGUGGGCAAGCCAAAGGUGAGCGGGACCAAGGGCAAGUACUCGACGGGCUUUGGCAUGGCGUUCAUGACCAUGAUCUGGGGCAUCGUGUCGGCCGUGUUGAUGCUCUUCGAGCGGAAGGGCAUGUACCACGUUGGCGGGCGGCGGUUUUCGCUCAAGCAGAGGCAGUUUGUGCCCGACGGUGACACGCAGGGUCUUGCCGACAAGUCGGCUGCGCAUGGUGCGACAGCGUACGGCGCAACCGCGUCUGCGACGACCAACGCGACGCCGUACACGCCUGCGACCGCCGCGUCGCCCUAGAAGUUAC